UCCUCCCUCGCAGGCACUCGGGGAAGAGUGAACGCGGCUCAACAACCAGUCUGGCGGUCUAGUGGCCUUGUAUACCUCGUUCGACGCACACCUCCUACGCCACACUCGACGUACACCUACGCCACACUCGACGCACACCUCCCUACGCCACAUUCGACUCAAACCUCCCUACGCCACACUCGACGCACACCUGCCUACGCCGCGUAUUACAUUUUGUUAUCCAUCUUUAAUAGUGAUAAUAUUGUGUUUAUUUUCGAACGGGGAAGAAAAAAACAUUUUUAGUAGUGAAGGAAAAAAAAGUGUCGUGUUUUUUUUUCAUAUUAUCAGAGGAAAAAACUCCGUAUUCUCCCGACCAAAAAAAUGUCAUAAAUACAACAAUAACGAAACUGUGUGUGUAUAUAGUGGUGUUGAUGAAGAAAGCAAAAGAAAUGUGUUAGUCGUGUACUCGGUGGUGGUGGUGAUGGUGAAUUUACACAGGAAAUGUCACUGUAUCUGGACGGAAAAAAAGUACAAUUAAUUAAUUUAUUUUGUUGUUUGUUUUUUGUUUUGCAUAACUAAAGAGAGAUAAAACCACACGACCUGAACAUCAAUUAUUAGUGUAAUGCAAGUUAAUAACAGUAUAAGUUAUUAUAUGUUAUUAAUCUUACUUGUUAAUGCUUGACAACUUGUUUCCAAUCUGACGGACAUGUUUAGCACCUUCACACACACACACACACUAGAUAUUUUCAGACGGUAAAACCCAAUGCACUACAAGAUGCUGCUCUUUCUCCUGUGUAAUCAAAGGGCUUGGACUACAGCUACACAAAUCCCGCUACAUUAAACAAGACAUUAAACCUACAAAACACGGGAUGGCCAUCACCACCCUACGUGCAUGACAUAUAAAGGCAGGGAAGUGAAGGAAUGACCCACAACGAUUCAGGGAAGCUAAUUGAGCCAGCUAGUACAGUAUAUAGGCUAACAGGACGUGUCCUCCACCUCACAGUUCAUUAAGCAGUGACUGGUUCUCCCCGGGCCUCACAGUGGAAGUGAUGGUGGACACAUCAUGGACUGUUUGUUAGCGGGUGAUAUGUAAAGUGAACCUGGGCACCCAGCACUCACAAAGCAAUAACAAAUGGACGCCGAGCAGGUGGCGCGCCGUGUUUGUUUAUACUGGCCAGGCUGUCAAAGAGUUCGGUGCUUCUAUCCAAUGUUUUGACAGAUCUAAACCAGCCUCGACACAUAGGGAGGAACUUUCCCCAAUUAGCAUAGGUGAACAUGGACUGACAAUGACAACCAGUGAACACCUCGAGUAAUAUCCUGGACCCAGCACACCUCACGCCACCAAAAUAUAUUUAACUAACUAACAUGUCACCUAACUGCCCUGCCCGGUCCUACCAAACAAUUACCACCACCACACACAUUUAACAGCGAGUAAUUAGCGGUUAUAACUCGCCAGAAGCACCACAGUGUACAGCAUCAAGUCUUUAAUUACCGCGAGACAUUUUGUGUUCUUUAACAUGACGAAAUCUCCUUUAGCAGGUACAAGUUAAACAUUUCAUGUAUAGAUAGUUAUCAAGACCCCACACAAAACUUACGGGGAAAUAUUCUUAAGACUUAUUGAAACAGAGGAACCACAAGGACUAAGAGUAAACUAUUACGUCUUAGGUGAAGUCUAAGAUAAGCCUAUAGGCGACGGGUGGUCAGUGGUGGUGGCUGGUGACGACAGCUCCCCCUCUCUCGUGAAAGCCGCGGUCCUCUUAAUAAACCUGCCCAGGCUUGACUCACCACCUGUCUCUACAACCAGACACUCCUCUCCUUCCUCCCACUGCCCCGCCACCUGCCUUACAAUGGCGUGGUCAAGAGACGAUCUUAUGGACCUGUUCCAGCAGUACCUGGAAGGCAAUUUAGUUGGCAUGAUUGGCCUGGAUAUGCUGUGUGGAGCAGAGUGCUUUGAGGGCCCAGAUGUAGGUGAAGGAGGACCUCCCACCCAUGCACUGCUGUACAGAGGUGGUGUGGUGACUGUCAUCAAAGCCAAUUCUACUGGACUCACUUCCCGAGGCCUUACACCCUAUCCUCACGUCAACUUGACUACUGAACAUGCACUCACAGUCACCCGUACCCUUGCCACCUUACAUGCCAACACAUGCAUAGAGCAAGAAAAAUUGAAUAAAAACUCCCAGUCAGCUUCAGCAACUCAAAUGAGAAAUACAGAGAGUGAAAUUCUGUCAACAGCCUCAACCACAACAGGUACUGGGGAGAGUAGCACUAAGGAAAAAAUUGACACAAGCAGUGACAACCCUGUGGAAAGAGUCUGUGUCAAGGAUAAAUGGACUGCACAAAUAUCUCAAUUAGAAAUUGUGGAGUCAAAUUUGUCAAUAAUGGUGGACACCUUACAAAGUUCUGGUAGCAAUGAGAGAACUGUUAGACGCCUGGAAGCUCUGCAGUCUGACCUUCCAACACUAACGCAGUUUUUGCGGUUUGCAUCAGCAAUGCAGACUUGUAAAAUACCCAGUGUGGGUCCUGUGUGUGUUGGAGACAUUUGGAUCAAACCACAGGAUGAGGAGGAGGACAUAGUGGCCAUAAGACUCAGAGGAGGACCAGAGUUGGAGAGUCCACCACUGAGAGAUGCUGCCUGGGUCUGGCUCACUCUUCUUGGAGCAGAUACUCUUCGUGACCGUUACAUGGAGCUCUGUGACGACUACUGCAAUGCUUUCAACAAGGUUCUCCUCCGUCAAGACGUCACAUCUAGGGUGGAGGAAAUCGGCUAUUUUGAUGUCAUGCGAGACUUGGGUGAAAAUUUCUUACACGCUUUCAUGACUAUAAUCCACAAGUUCGUCUUCUCUGGCACUUGGUUCUUCGAUCGUCAACUGCACACAGACGAAGGCCUUCAAGCACUGGUUGACGUUAUUAGCUUUUUGGUGGAUAAUGGCAUUGUUGGAUCCAUUUUUGUUAUUUGAUGCUUUCUCAACCAACCCUGUUUGACUCUACAAACUACCAAGUCAGCAAACUGCACAGCGAUGAAGCCUAAACAAAGGCUUCAACAAGGUAAGCAGUGCUCAUAUUUCCUGAGUUUCCCAACCAUGUAGCAAGUCACCUGAUACAACACAGUAUUACUCGAGAUGCCAAGAUAGUAUCACAAGGUCUCUAAUAUGAGUAUUAAACUGUACACUGUUGAACAAACUGAUCCAAGUCAAUGCAUCACUGUGCCUUGACACCUUUGUUAUACUGUAAGCUGUUAUACACUGGUGUUUGUUACACAAUAAACUAGUACUACAGAAUUAUGAUCAUAUUCCAUCUUUCUUUGUACUAAUCUAAAUUUUUUGCUGCACACCACAAGUAGCUCUUGAUAACAUUCAAUACUGAUGAUAAUAUUAAAGCAAUAAAAUUAUUAUUAAUUUCAGAAAACACUGUAGAGUGUUGGUCUAGCAAUGCACCAGGAGUUCUUACAAAUAAUGCUUCAGGGUCCUUUCUUAUUAAGGUUUUCUAUAAAUAAAAAAUCAUACCAUGAAAAAUAUUACUAAAACUAUAGUGACGUUUAUCUAACUCUCUCAUUUGUUAGUUUUAUUUUGCCUCAUUAAUAUUAUUUGAAGAGAUAAGUAAUAAAGUUAUAAAAAGUUGAAAAGAUAAUGUAACAAAAUGUGUGUGUAUGUUACUGUGUUCACCAUGGAGUGGAUGACAUUCCAUUGGUCAAGGGGCUGUGGAAACCUUAAAUACUACACAAGACAGCAUUUGUUUUAUCUCGAUGUUUUACCUCAUAUAGAAUGGACUGGUCAGGGCGCACAUGCUUAACAGCUAAUCUUGAAUGAUUUAAAUAUAGACAUAUCCACUUUUUUGCUCUCCCAUUAUAUUGUACUGUAAUGUAAAAUGAAAAUGUCAUACUCUAGCUUCACCCUUUACUAAUACACAAUCAAAUUUUCAGGCUAUUUAUUCAGUAUAUUUCAACCAUGUAAUACUCCGGGUCACUCGGUGUGGCUGGAAUUAAUGCAGCACCGUACAGUAAUAUUAAUUUUACGUACAGUGUCAGUGAUAGUACAGUACUGCCAGAUAUUGAUGCAUUUGGGGAUUUUCACAAGUGACACAUUUUUAAGUUGGAAUGAUUCAAAAAAUUUUAAAUCUAGAUCCAUCCCUUGAAGACAUACAGUACUGUACAGUAUUAAAAGUGUUGUCCUCAAAGCAAAAAUAUACAUCCCAAAACAGUAUUAUAAAAUUUGGGUCCCCAACUUUAACAUAUUUUGCAAUUUCUUCUUAAGUAUACAUCACACUGUACAGUACAGUGCAGUACUGGCAAUUAAGGUCUCUUGCUUCAAAGAUAAUAUUCAAAGUCAAAUACCAAACCCAACCUUUAGUGAAGGUAACCCGCUUUCUUAGCUAUUAGGUUCUCCAUAUAAAAAGACUAAAUGCAAAGUGUAAAUUAUUAAAGCAGAGUUGUGGUACCCACCCCUGGAUAGAUCAUAACACAAUAUAAUGAUGCCUUGCUACCAUGUAUAUACAGGGGUAUGUUAAAUAAUUAUAAUAUAUUUUAAUAGAUAGUACUUAUUUUUGACAAGCAAAUUGUGAUGGUGGUAAUAACUAUUGUAUAAUUUAAGUCACAGAGUAUCUCAGAUCUCCAUAAUGUAUAUGUUAAUGUUUUAUUGUUACCGGGUAUGUAUUGAGACUGUAAUGUACAGGUAGUGUCAGAGAUCACUCGCAGCUUUGAUCCAGUACGUAGGUUCAUCACUGCAACAACUAAAUCAUUUCUAUACUGUCUAAAAUUUAAUACUUGGUUCAAAUCCUUCUCAUAUCAUAUGUAUAAUAAUUUAAAAGAAUCUCCUCGGGAGAAGUCUUGGUCUACUACUGUCUAAUGCAACUCAGAAUCUAAUUACAGGUUGACAAUCCCUUAUCCGCAAUCCUUGGGACCAGAUGCAUUUCGGUUUUCAGAAUGGUUAGUUUUUUUUAUUUUUUUUUAUUUUUUUAUUUUUU